AUGACGGACACAUCCGUACCAUUCUCAGCUGAAUUUCACUUAAAUACCUCAAAGUUAUCAGAGGAUGAUGCCUGUUUAGAGUGGCUUAAAGAACGUUAUAGCCGAACAGGUACGGUUCAUCAAGAGCAACAGAAAAUGAAAAAUAACAAUAAUAAUUCAAAUGAAGGUGAAGAUUUAUUUUUAAUUAACUUAGAGAAUGAUGUAGCUGCCUGUGCUACCCAUCGCUGGGCCCACUUCUCUCAACAAUCCCCUCUCUACGGAGCGAGUUCACAGGCUUUACAUUCUAGAAAGGUAUCUGGCACAGAACUACGUAUUGAAAAAAACACAGCAGAGGUUGAAAGUGGAAAGUACAAUGUAUCCCUUCAGGAUUCCAAUAACAUUGGUAAUAAAAAUGAGUAUCCCUCACUUUUACAAACAGAACCUUCACGUCACAUCUUUACUGAGGCACUGCGCAAGAGAAAUCAUCAAAUAUUAACAGAAAAGAUUGAGGCAGCAGCAGCAAGAACAACAACAGCAGCAGGAGAAGAUAAAAAGUUAUCAAGACCUUUUUUCGGUGGUUACAUCUCUUCCCCAGUAAUGGCUGGUCCUACACGUUUUCUCCUAUUUCCACAAUGGAUGCAUGAUACUGCUCUUGGGGAGAAAAAGAUGCAGGAAGUUCCUUAUUUUCUGCGAGGUAGCAUUAAACGAAACAAAUUGGAUUUCGGUAAAUGUAAUCUGGAGAAGAAAACAGAUAAAGGUAGAAGAAGUUUACAACAAUUAUUCCAAGAAAUUAUUUUUAACGCAUCUUUUUCAAGAAAAUUUUCAAUAUCAAUACCUAGAUGGCAUUUUUUUCAAAAUAUAGAUGCUAUACGUACCGAUUUGUAUUUUAACAAUCGUAAUUCAGAACAAUCAUAUUUUGGUAAUCAAAAUAAAACAACAACACCAAUAACAACAACAACAACAGUAAAAGGAACAAGUGAAAAUGAAGAAAAUAUAAGUAGUAAUAAAGCAGAGAAAAUUAUUACUGUUGGAUUUCGUGAUGCUGGGGUACGUACUUCUCUCUUUUCACACAAUCCACGUCAUUCUAUUAUGUUGGAUAGUGCUUAUCGUGUUUCAACCAAUUUAUCCAAUUCUCCGGAAUCAGAACAGGCAGUGGCUUCUCUUGUGGUCACAAAAGGAUUUGAUAGUGCUGUUCAACGAUUUACUAAUAAACUUCUUCGACAUAUUUUUCCAAAUGGAAGAUAUCACCUUCAGUUUUCUGCAGGUUCUGGUGUAGAGUAUGUCACCGAUGAUACACCAUGGACAUUAUUUGGAAAGCUAGCAACAGAGUGGUGGGUGGAUUUGCCUAUUCAUAAACGUUUACUGUUUCGUAUUCGAAAUCAGUCAGCACUUGUGCAUCCAUUCACUAAACCAUUAAGAAAUACACUACCUACAUCUGUACUUGAUGAAAAUGAUGAAGAAGUAAUGCGAGAUGAUGAACUUAUUAAUGAAAAUAGUGGAAGUUCUAGUGUAACUAAUGAUGCUCUUAUUCCUGUUGCUGCUACUACUACUGCUGAUACACAUAGUCUUUUCUGGGCUACACAAGGUCCACGUUGGGAUUCUAAUCUUGUUCGUGGUUUCAGAGAUGAUCAUCCAUCAAUGCACUACGCAUCACGUUGGUAUACCUUAGUAUCAGCUGAACUUUCUAUAAGUCGCAAUAAGAACGGUAAAAAUAAUACAACUGGUUCAUGGAAUAUGCCUUCUGGUUUAUUGUAUGCAAAUGCGUGUUUAACAGACUCUUUUGCACAUCCACCACGAGCAUCUGUAGGGUUUUCUUUCACUGGAGCACCAAGACGUACGAUAGAUGCGUUUAACGCACUUACAUCUACUACUUUUGAGUGUAGUUUUAACUGGUGGUUGCACUUUGGUAAGGAACAGGUUUCUUUGGUUUCUGGACUUUCUACUGGACAGCGAGCAGAGGAUUCUAUUCUGCGCCUUUCGCCAUCAGAAACUUUUAAACAUUUGCGCUGCGGCCUAACGUGGCGUAUUUAA